UAAUAGACUUAUAAUAAUUGGGCCGGUUUUAUCGCUCCGCUCGCGUUAAUUAUCUCGUUCGUUUGAUCAGUUUUAUUGUACGACAAAUUCGAAAUAAAUUCCAACGUAGCCAGCAUGUCUAAAUUGGAAUUUAAAUGAUCGGCUCCCGUCGUAAAGGCAUGUAUGAUUCACCUACACAGAAAAAGAGGAGGUUAAACAAUGAACCGCACGCUCUCUGAGAGACCGAGACCGAUAGCCUUCUAUCUCAAAUUAACUUUCAGCUGCUGCACUUCGGAGAUAAUUAAGUAGAUUACUUAAGACAAGGCGCGUACAGAACGUUUCUUAAUUACUAAGAAAUUCCCUAGUAUAUUAUAGUGACUGUAUUUAGUGAUAAUAAUGUGGUCAACGCAAACGGAAACGAGCAACAAAAACAUGACAUCACUGAAAAGUAAGAUUACCCACCGGAAGCGGAAAAACUCCAAAUCGAAAAGUUCAAACGCGCAGUCGGUCGAGAGUAAUUUAUCGGCGAACACCCAAACCUUGAAGAAACCCCACAAUCGCACGCGCAAAAACAGCACGGGCAGUCAGAAAAGUGGGCCGAAUCGGAAGAACCAACCCGACCUCAUCGAGAACCUGAAGCCGGACCACAACAAAAUUAGUACUGCCGAUCCACCGUGUAAUGGAGAUGACGACAUUCAAUUAAGGCACGGCGGUGAUGCCGAUUUCCGUGCCGAAUUGCUCUCGGCAGAUGUCUGGCUGGAAAACAACGAUGACGCCUCCCUAAACAACAACACCAAACGUUACAGUGACAGUUUCGUGAUUAGAAGCAAAACCAGUGAGAAUUUCAGUGCGGAAAGUAGACAGUCUUUAAACCACCUCGCGCAAAGUGAGUUUUUCGAGGACAAAUCCGAGCGUAAAAGUAGACGUUUCAGUGACAUUUUCCGCUAUGGUGCCCUUAAACCGUCGAUCAGCUGCGAGAACAUCAAAACCGCGAUUAAAAUGAAACCCCCCGAGGAAUUCCCAGGUGUAAAUUUACGCAAGAAACCCCCAGCCCAAGAAAGCGCAUCAUCGGCCGACAUGGAAAAGAAAUCGAAAAAGGUGACAAAAAACGACAAAGGCAAAAAGGCCGCACCGGUCGUUAGCAAAAAAGUCGAACCCCAGAACGACUCCUAUCUCAAACGGGUCAAGUCCAAGAUUUACAAGACGAAGAGCGACAACACCACCAACGGCUUACCGACCAUGCCGAACAUCGCCGAGGACACCAAGACGACCAAGAAGAGCAAAAAGAAAAAACCACCCCCGACGACCGUCCAACAGCCCGAACCGUCCCCCGUGCCCGAAUUGCGCAAGUCCGUCUCGCAAUUCGACUUCCGCCUAAUACGACAGACUUCCAAUCUGGAACGCAUCCGACCGAAAACGUUCGGACUAAGGACGGCCUCCUCGAACCUGGGCAUAUCGGACCUUUGCGACUCGCCCGAGAAGCCCGUACUCGCCAAGUCGAAAUCGAGCAGCGCGAUCAAUCUGAACCUGCUCAGGACGCGACGCAACAAGCUCCUCGAGCAGGCGAAGCGAAAUUGCAAAAUUGUACGCAACGAGUUCGACUUUAUCGGAUUUAAUGGUAGCACGACGACGCUCGUCGCCGCCGACGACGAAACGGACGGCCAGGACGCAGGAGAGACUAAACCCGGCCAUCCCGUUUCGAGGACGGGGUCGGAUCGGCGUCCCGACGCCGUCAGGGAGGAAGCGUCGCGAACGCAAGAAAGUCAGGAGAACGUCGAUCAGCACGAGACCGAUCUCGCCCAUCCAGACAGCACCGUCAGUCUUCCCGCGUACACCGGAAACAAAAAGAGAGCGGCGACGAACAUAAACAGAUCGGAGAGUGUGAAGGAACAGUCCGAAAAGAGAAAACAGAGAAGGAACAUCAGCGAUCCUCUUCACAACACCACCAAUGAAACCGUCGACCUAGACCAACACGGACUUUCGUACCAGACCCACUCGGGCAGUUCCUCGAAUUCCAGUUUGUCAUCGAGCCGUUCGUCGGAGAGCCCGAGUACGUCUCUCGAUGCGGUCUCGAGCUUUCCCACCGCCCACCCGGCAGGCACGGGAUGGGAUAGCGAUAUGGAAAUCGACGCGGACCCGUCCGAUUGGCAGAGUUCGGUUCCCGAAGACGAGCUCGCCAAUUUGAGUCCGCACGAAAGGAAGAGGCAGGACGUUAUAAAUGAAUUAUUCCACACGGAAAGAUCACAUGUUCGGAAUCUCUGGGUGUUAGAAAAUUUGUUCAAGAAACCUUUACAGUUAUCGAAGCUUCUCAAAAAUGAGGAGAUCAAUCUCAUUUUUCCCAAUCUCGGCGAUCUAUUGGAAAUCCACUCACAACUAAACACGACGAUGAAGAACAAAAGGAAAGAGAAUCCCGUAAUUAAAGACAUAGGCGAUAUGCUCUUGAACAUGUUCGACGGCGUCGUCGGCGAGAAUUUCCAGGCGGGCGCCGCCGCGUUCUGCGAACGCCAGCAGCUCGCCCUCGAGUUCAUUAAGGAGAGGCGGAAAAAGGAGUCGAGGUUCGACAGUUUUCUCAGCGACCACGAAAAACACCCCCUCUGUCGGCGCCUGCCGCUUCAGGGAAUCAUCCCGACGGAAAUGCAGAGGCUCUCGAAGUAUCCGCUGCUUCUCGAGCGGUUAAUACACAUCGAGGAGAAACACCGGCAGCGGGAUCCCGACGCGGCCCUGGUCGAAUUGCAGAAGUUGAGGCUGGCGCACGAUCGUUCCAAAGAGAUAGUAAAUUACGUCAACGAGGCGGCGAAGAUCGCCUGCAAUCGUGCCAGACUCGAGGACAUACAGAGGCAUCUCGACACCUCGAUCUUCGAGAAGACUGAUCACGCUAUUGUAAAUGAAUUUAAAAACGUAGACUUAACUCGGUAUAGUUUGAUACACGAAGGUACAAUGCACUUAAGAAGGCCUAAUAAGCAACCAGUAGCUUUACAUAUAGUUUUAUUAGAAGAAGCUGUGAUUUUAUUACAAAAGGACGCCGAAAGGUACGUCCUGAAGUUCUUUCAGGCGGGCACGCCCACGCAACAACCCCUAGCGCCGAUUAUUAAGACUUCCACGCUGUUAGUCAGAGCGAAUGCAGCUUCCAAGAGUUCCCUUUUUCUGGUCAAUACGUCGUCACAAAAUAGUCAAAUGUACGACCUUCUGGCGCGCGACUCUUCCGAACGUGAUACAUGGUUCAAGCACAUUUCGGACGCCGCCGAGGCUUACAACAGGCGCGAGGGCAAGUCGAAGCGAUGCGAACCGACGCCUGACACCGACGACUCGGAGACCCUCCAAGACCUGCCGAGCGUGAGAGACGUAAGUGAGCGUGCCGACCAUGUAGGCGGUGAUGUGGCGAGCGCCACAGAUUCCGAUAGUUGCGGACCAAGCGGUGAAAGUAGUAAUAGAAAUAGUGACGUUAUCGACGAGGAACGCGAUAAAAUGCUCUCUCAGUCCGAUAGCGAAGGCACUAAUACGAACGAAGUUGUUGGUGGUGGUGUAAUGCUGAAGGUUGCGGCGGACGAUUGGCCUCUAGUUCAGCCCACCGAAGUGCACAUAUCAGUUCUUCCAGUUCACAAGGCGGAGCCUGUUCUCACGCCGUUUGAGCAAAUUCGAAGAAAAGACGAGGAGGUUCGCCGCGCCCUUAGCGACAAAGAAGGGCUAGUCGCCGACCUAUUGAGCAUUCCCAGAGAAGACUAUCAGCUAAUAGCGGAUAUCGCGAGCGACGAGGCCUACAAGAAGGCCGCGAUCGACCGAGAACCGGCCGAGGUCGUACUGGCUGCCUUAUUCCAAGCCGAUCAACUGCUGGCGGCCGUCAAUGACUCUCUGAACGUUUCCGAGGCGGACGCGGCAUGGGUGGCGGGUGGAAAAUUCUCCUCGUGCGCGAGCAACGAGGGCUCGGCUAAACAGAAUAAUCACGUACCGUCGGUACCUGUCCAUCGGCUUCAGGGCAUCGCGACGACACUUAGCACACAGCUUACAACACUUUUGAGCAUUAUAAAGGAUCGCGACGAGGAACGAGACAGGUUGCGUCGCGAGCUACAGCGAACGAGAGAGCAGCUUCACGAGAAACUAUCACUGCACGGUCCGACGCCGGAAAAUCCCGAAAACGACUCGUCACAGCCUGGUGAUUUGGAGAGUAUAGAGGAAAGUCCCACAGAAAACGACAACUGACAACGAUCCCAGACCUUGUAUAAAUGAAUUACGAUGACGUGUAGGUAAUCCUAACUUUAAGAGCAUACAUAAUAGAAAAAAAAGGCCUACGGUCGUGUUUGUAUUUUGGUCCGUCUCCGCAAUGGAUUUGAAGAAGAGAGGCGAUAUAGGCACGAUUAAGAAACUGGUACUAGAAUUACGUCAUGGGGAGUAUUUUGUAUUUAUGUUGCGAUAAAAUACUUUGCAUGAGAUUGUUUACUUACAGUGGGAGACGUUUUAAUACUUACUUUUAGUGCAUGCGUGAUAUAAAUGUGAAUAAUUUCUAUGGUGAAUGACGGCAGGUCUCUUACUGUACGUGCAAUAAUUUUUGCUUAUCACUUAUUGUUCAUUAUCGUUACUCGCUAAUUGUUACCUAAGAGGAUUUAGCGCGUCACGUCCCCGCAUAUUUGUAUAUGUAUAUAGAUAGCUCUCCGAAUUUUUAACGCUAGCCUCGUAUUAUUAGUGUUAAUUAAACUUAAGGAUCAACAAUUUUUUAAUUUAUUAUUUUCAAAAUAUAUUCUAUUUAUUAAUGUUUA